CGGGAAGAGUCAUUCAGUUACCCGAGACGCACAUACGUAGAGUUUUGAGUACCACCUGCUUGCCUGGAAGCGACCGGCGACGGAUGUAGAUAUUGAGUUCUCCAGUCGCGUAUAAAGUGACAACUAACUCAUGCUACAUACCCCGCACUUGCGAUCCAUCGACACCAGAUAGUUUGGAGCUUCAGACAUUUCCCCACGACACCGAGAACAGUUAUACCGAGAUAUCAGAACGAAAAGAACUCAAUGAAGAAUGGGAUACGGCAGCGAACGUGCUUGCUGUGCGACUUAACCUUCAACUCGAAGGCGCAACUCCAGGAACACAUCAGAUGCACGGUGGGGCAUAGCAGUACCAAGUGCGAAUGUGAUGGGUGUUCCGGAUAUAAGGGCAGUAAUGAAGAGCUGCGCAAAUUCCGAUACGACAGACCUCCUCCGGUCCGGACGCAUUGCGAGCCAUGCUCGACCGCCGUGACUCUCUGCCACGUUGGCAUGGUGGCCCACAAGAACGGAAAGCAGCACAUCCGCUGCUCGGUGCGCAGCGGAUUCUCCUGCGAAGACAGCGUGCAGACGUUUCUCACCAGCCGGGAGCUUGAGGAACACGCUGCCGUGCUUCACGCACCCGAGACCCAGUACCAGUGCCUCGAAUGCGAGCAAGAUUUCCUCAGUGAAUGUGCCUUGAAUUCACACAUCAAGAAUGGGAAAAUACACAGGGACAGGUUCGCAGAAUUCGUCUGCGAGGAUUGCGAUUGGGCGUUUCCGAGCCCGCAGCUCUUGCGGACCCACCUGGAUACCCAGAAACACAAGCCCGUCCGGUGCAUGGGCAGCACGCAUUGCCCGCGCCGGUUCGCAUUUCCAGCCGGUAUGAUUUCGCAUCUGGAGAGCGGCGCUUGCGUGUCCGGGUUGAAUCGGCAGUCCAUCGCGAACAAGCUGCAGCAGCACGACACGGAAAAUCUCAUCGUGAUGCCGGGUGUCGUGGGGACGACAGUGGGGCCCGAUCUCCUGGAGAGAUAUGACGCGCGGAUGUCGGCCAAAGCAGCAGUGCUGGAGGUGCGGCCGGCGAUGGAGCUCACAGAGGCCCGGCUCGCUGCCAUCUCCGGUCCAGUGGUGGUCGCAGAUGACUCCGACGAUGACGAAGGCACGGUGGUCCUGUCGCCCGUCAUCUCGGCUGACAUUUCGCGCCGGGAUAGCGUGGCGUCCUCGAUCGCCGUCGGGUCUGGCAUCCAAACACCGUGUUCCGGAGACGGCGAUAACGCGGCUAUUCUGACACCAACCGACUCGGCUACCCUUUCGCGCCGGGAUAGCAUGACAUCCUCGACAACCACCGGGUCCGGCUUCGUGACACCGCAUUUCGACGACGACGACGAAGGCACGAUUAUCCUGGCACCAGCCGAUCCGGCUACUCUUUCGCGCCGCCCCGACAGCCUGGUGUUCUCGGAUAGCUCUGGAUCCGGCAUCCUGACACCGACUUCCGACACUGGCUACAGUGAGGUCGAGGUGAUGCUGGUCUCCGACCGCAUCUGCCCAAUCUGUUCCAGACAAUUUGCGCUCGCAGAGGGGCUCCGGAAUCACCUUAACUCGACAGCCCAUGCGCCUCCGAUAUACCACUGUCCAUCCGUCCUGUUCGAUGCGGGUCUGCGGGGGACAGUUGCACACAGAAAAUUCAAGUCGCUAUCGGGGUUGGUCGGUCAUCUGGGGGGAGGGAAUUGUAACGGUGGCCAGGAGGCGUUGGAUAAGGCAAUCGCUUACGUGGAGGAUCUCUUUGCAAAGAUGGGUGCGAGACAGUCAGUUAGCCUGUUAUCUAAUUAGGUUAGGCUCAAGGAGUUUCGGGUGCUGGGAAUGCGAGUGUCUUGAGGCAGCGUCCGUCCUGGGUGUUUUGUUUCCUGAAUCUAGUUUGGAUAUUGUUAAAGGGCUGGAUAUUGUACC